CCCGGAGCCCCCCAGCCCGCCGCGGGGCGCACCAUGCAGUGUCUGGGCGCCGAGUACGAGGUUCCUGCUGAGAGAACUCCCAGGCCGCCGGCCUGGCGACCCCAGCUUUAUCGGAAAUGCACGGACACGGCAUGGCUGGUCCUGUUCUUUCUCUUUUGGACUGGUCUGGUGUUCAUCAUGGGCUACUCGGUGACAGCUGGAGCCGCAGGAAGACUCCUUUUCGGCUACGACAGCUUUGGUAACGUGUGCGGCAAGAAGAACUCCCCGGUGGAUGGAGCCCCCCUCUCUGGGCGGGACAUGACCCUCAAGAAACACGUGUUCUUCAUGAAUUCCUGCGACGUGGCAGUCCAAGGCAGGAGGCUUGCCUCCACUGCCCUCUGCGUCUCCAGCUGUCCCGAAGAGCAACUGGACACCUUGGAAGAGAUUCAGCUCUUUGCCAACACCAGCGGGUCUUUCCUGUGUGUCUAUAGCUUGAAUUUCUUCAACUAUACCCAGAGUCCAAAUGCAGGAGCACUGUGUCCCAGGCUACCGGUUCCUCCAAGCAAGUCCUUUCCUUUGUUUAAUCGUUGUAUCCCGCAAACGCCAGAGUGCUAUUCCCUGUUUGCGUCCGUUUUGAUCAAUGACGUGGACACGCUCCAUCGAAUUCUAAGUGGAAUCAUGUCAGGAAGAGGCACCAUCCUUGGCCUGUGUCUUCUCGCAUUAGCCUUGGCCCUGGCCAUGCUGUUCACCUUCCGCUUCAUCACCACUCUUCUGGUGCACAUUGUCAUUUCGCUGGUUAUUUUGGGAUUGCUAUUUGUUUGUGGUGUCUUGUGGUGGCUGUAUUAUGACUAUACCAAUGACCCGAGCAUAGAACUGGACACAGAAAGGGAGAAUAUGAAGUAUGUGCUGGGCUUCGCGGUGGUGGCCACAGUUAUCACGGCAGUUCUGCUCAUCUUGAUCUAUGGCAUCAGAAAGAGAAUAAAAUGGACAGUCGAGCUAUUCCACAUCACUCACCGAGCCCUCGGCGCCUCUCCUUUCCUCCUCUUCCAGCCACUGUGGACAUUCACCAUCCUUCUGUUCUUCUGGAUCCUCUGGGUGGCUGUGCUGCUGAGCCUGGGCACUGCCGGCACUGCCCAGGUUAUUGAAGGUGGCCAAGUAGAAUACAAGCCUCUUUGGGGUAUUCGGUAUAUGUGGUGGUACCAUUUAAUCGGCCUCGUCUGGACCAGCGAAUUCAUCCUUGCCUGCCAGCAAAUGAUCAUUGCAGGGACAGUGGCUACUUGUUACUUCAACAGGAAUAAGAACGACCCUCCUGACCAUCCAAUUCUUUCAUCCCUCUCCAUUCUUUUCUGCUACCACCAAGGAACUGUUGCCAAAGGAUCUUUUUUAAUCACUGUGACGAGGAUUCCAAGGAUGGUUUUCAUGUACAUGUGUAACACCCUGAAAGAAAAGCAGAGCACAUGGUCCAGGGCUGCAUCCAGAGGCUGUUGCUCCUGUGGGUGUUGGUGUGUAUCCAGAUACUUGCUUCGUCUCAACCAGCAUGCCUAUGCUACAACUGCCAUUAAUGGGACAGAUUUUUGUACGUCAGCAAAAGAUGCACUCAAAAUCUUCUCCAAGAAUUCGAGUCAUUUUACAUCUGUGAACUGCUUUGGAGACUUCAUAAUCUUUCUAGGAAAGGUGUUGGUGGUAUGCUACACUGUUUUUGGAGGGCUGAUGGCAUUUAACUACAACCGUGUGCUCCAGGUAUGGACAGUCCCUCUGCUACUGGUGGCUUUUUUUGCCUAUCUAGUGGCUCACAGUUUCCUGUCUGUGUUUGGAACUGUGCUGGAUACACUUCUCCUGUGUUUUGCUGUGGACCUGGAAACCAAUGACGGAUCUGCAGAAAAGCCCUACUUCAUGGACCAAGAGUUUUUGAGCUUUGUAAAAAGGACCCAGAAAUUUAGCAACUCAGGGUCCCAGCAAAACAAGGACUCAUUGAGGAAUCAGGAGGGAACAGAACUCCGGCCCAUUGGGACGUAA